GCUUGCCGUAGAGUCAAAUGCGUCACCGGUCAGAGGUGAAACUCCGCCAAACAGAAACAUGGAGAGGGAGCAGAUGAGAAGGAGCGCCCGGUCCUCCAAACCCUCCAAAAAAGGAGGCAAAAAUGUGAAGGCACGGAGCGCUGAAGAGGAAGCAAGAAGGAGGGAGGCUGUGAAGGAGGCCCUGAGGGAGAAGCUGGAGCUGGAGAGGAGAGCUCGGCAGGUGGUGGAGCGCCUCCUGGACGACAGCAUCACCGAGGACUUCCUGGUCGACUGUGCGAGGUUCAUCACUUGUGCCAAUUACAAAGAUGCUGUAGAGGAGAGAUCCAUAAUUAAACUGUGUGGCUAUCCUAUUUGUUCGAAUAAACUGAGCAAGAUCCCAACUCAACAGUACAAGAUUUCUACCAAAACCAACCGGGUGUACGACAUCACUGAGCGCAAGUGUUUUUGCAGUAACUUCUGCUACAAAGCCUCCAAAGAGUUUGAGCUGCAAAUAUCGAAGACCCCCCUCUGGCUCCGGCAGCAUGAGAGCCCUCCAGAAAUUACUCUGAUGACAAAAGGAGACCGCGGCAGCUCUGGUGAGGAGGUGAGACUAGCUGAGAGGAGAAUCUGCGAGGAUGACAUCGACAACCCUGUGCCCGACAACCCCGAGGGCUCCAAAAGCCUGAAGCAACAUUCCUCCUCAGGCGGCCUCAGCCACAGUGACAGCAGUGACGGCGAGCAGGAGCAGGACUUUGUCUCCAGCAUGGUCUCCCAUCGACAGGGACGCAGCGUACACUGGGGCGACCUGCCCAAACGAUCCGAUGAGGGAGACCAAAGAGAGGGAGGAAAGAUGGAGGGAGAGACAGAUAAAGAGGGGAUCCUGCAUCAGCAAAGUGAGAAUGUGGACCAGGACCGGCAGCUGAGAGUGGAGAAUAGACACGAUUCAUUAGGAUAUAAAACGCAACUUGAUGCUGGAAAGCAACUUCACACAGUAAGCACAGGCCAACCUGGUGAGCAGCAGACGCCCUUGGAGGUUAAAAACAUCCUUGUGGAAGAAACUACUGCUAAACUGAAUUCAUGCACCAUAACUGAGCCUGUCACCCACACCACUCUCCAACCUACUGACCCAACUCGGACACAGGACACCAGUCCAGUCGUCUCUCCUCCAUUUACAGACACAAACUCAACAGAAAGCAAAGCUCAGUUACAUGUGACCACCACCAGUCAGGACAGCCAGCCAGACAUUAGCAUCACCCAGGUGGGAAUGAGCAAGAGAGGAGCAGCAGGGCUACGGGACCUCCUCAAGCAGCACACAACAGGAACCAAACCCGAUGACAUCCGGCAGAAUCUUCUAGAGGGCCUGAGAAGAACCUUGAAAGAGUGGAGGACAGAGGAGACACUCAAGUUCCUGUACGGCACUGAUUUUUCCUCCCUCAUUCCCCCCACUGAUGGAACAGAAGAAAAAGAGGAAGAGGAGGAGCUGGAUGAAGACGACCUGGAGGAGGUGGUGGAGGUGGAAGAGGGCGGGACUGCGGCCAGGCUUCCCCAGGAGCAGAAUAGGCCGACGGCUGCAGCUCCAGACUACAAGACGCUGCAGAAGGAGACGCAGGAGCAGGAGCUUAGGAUCAGAGAGUUUUACAAAGGGACCUGGAUCGUGCCUGAGGAGGCCAACCAGCAAACUAAAGACUCCGAGGUGUCAGCCCAGGAUCAAGGUGGGAAGGACCCAGUUCUGCCACUGAUUGACUCUCAAGCCCAGCACGUCAUCCAGAAACGCAUCACUGUGGACAAACUCAACAGCUGUCUCCGAAACAUCGUGGGCCCACUGCAGCUUACAAUGAGUGAUAUCUCCACUGACCUCAACAGCCUGGUCAGGACGUUCAGGUUCACCAACACAAACAUCAUCCACAAAACUCCAGAGUGGACUCUCAUAGCCGUGGUCCUCCUUCAUCUGUUGGCAGAGGUAUUGCCGGUGGUCCGGGAGGCCCUGGAGAGCCCGGUGUCAGUCGAGUAUCUCAACACCCUGAUGAAGGAGCUCAGUUUACAGCAGGACGAUCUACUGAGCUUAGUCCAGCUGCUCAAAACCCCAGCCCUCUAACACACACACACACACACACACACACACACACACACAAACUGUGACGCAGACACUUAUGGGUGGACCUAUGGAUAAACACUCAGGAUGUUUGUCAGAAUACAAAUAAAUACAAAUGAACUCUG